CUUUCCCACGCCAGCAGGCGCCGAAGCUUCGUCAGACCUGCAGCCUGCCUCUCUCGACCUUACCUUAACUCACUACCUUACUCCAUCCACCCUCCACCGACCGCACCUCUUCAAUCACGGCGAUUGUCCCGCAACAUCGAAACAUAUCGCCAAUCCGUAUACCACCACACACAUACCCAAUAAUCCGUCACUAAAUCAGCCCGUCACCAUGGCUUCAGGAUACGACAGAGCGUUGUCCGUCUUCAGUCCCGAUGGACACGUUUUCCAGGUCGAGUACGCUGGCGAAGCUGUCAAGAGAGGAACGUGUGCGGUCGGCGUCAAGGGAACAGAUGUCGUCGUCCUCGGAUGCGAAAAGCGAUCAGCCAUGAAGCUGCAAGAUACCCGAAUUACCCCCUCCAAGAUCCAGCUCCUCGACACCCACGUCUGCCUGGCGUUCGCCGGAUUGAACGCCGAUGCUCGUAUCCUCGUCGACAAGGCGCGGUUAGAGGCACAGUCCCACAGACUGACCGUCGAAGACCCCGCCUCCAUCGAGUACAUGACCAAGUACGUUGCUGGUGUUCAGCAACGGUACACACAGAGUGGUGGUGUCCGUCCCUUUGGCAUCAGCACCUUGAUUGUCGGCUUCGACAGCGGCAGCAAGGUCCCCCGCCUUUACCAGACCGAGCCCUCUGGCAUCUUCUCCGCAUGGAAAGCCAACGCCAUCGGCCGUUCCAGCAAGACCGUUCGCGAGUUCCUCGAGCGCAACUACAAGGAGGAAAUGGACAGAGAGGCUACCAUCCGACUCGCCAUCAAGUCUCUUCUCGAGGUUGUCCAGACUGGAGCCAAGAACAUUGAGAUCGCGUUGAUGGCACCGGGCAAGACGAUUGAGAUGCUUCCCGUAGAGGAGAUUGAGAACCACGUCAAGAGCAUCGAGCAAGAGAAGCAAGAGGAGGCGGCCAAGAAGAAGACUGGACGCACACCCGGCACCGGAAGCGCGGCGAUCCUCACGAGAGGCUCGGGCUCGGGUGACGGUGAUGAGUAAGGGAAUGGACUAGGCGUUGCGGCUCGCGGAUAGACGACACUCAUGAGGGUAUCUGACCAAAUACCAAUGUAUUACCACCUUUA